AAGCUAAGCAGAGCAUAGCAAAGCAGCAGCAAAAGGGCGGCUACCCAGUAGUAAUCUAAAUACCCAUACCAUACCAUACCCAUCACUUUAGCAUUUAGCGGCGCGCACACACAACACAACCCACCUCCAUUUUCGUAUUUAAACCAAAUCCACUUUCUACUCUCACGUCUCCUCUUCUCACCUCUCUCUCACCCUCCCUCCAUUAUUUUCUCCUUUUACCUUAACGUAUAUAUAUAUGCACACCACUCUUUCUACACACCGUCUCUUCCUACCAAGCUUUCAAACCCUAGCUUCGAAUGCGAACUUCAAUCUCAACCUUCUUCUCCUCAUCCUCCUCCCAUGGCAACUAUUCGCAGAUUUCUUCCUCGUCAAUUCUCCAUUGACAGAACGAGCCGAAUCUUUUCGUUAUCUGGACUUGUAGAAGGAUCGGGAGGAAGUUAUAGGAGUUAUGGCGUGAUUGGUUCUUCCGAAGAUUUGUCAUUGAAAUUUAAAGAUAGAGGUAGUGAUAGUUCAUCUGAAGUAGAUAGUGUCGUUCUUGAUGACGAAGUAGAGAAGAUUCGUAGUCGAUUUGAUGCUGCCAAAAAGAGUUUCCUCAGUCUUUCGGAGGCUCUUGCGUCAUUGCCGAAGAUGAAUCCGGAAGCCUUUAAGUCAUUGCCAAAGAUGAAUCCAGAAGGGAUUUAUGUAAAUAAGAAUUUGAGAUUGGACAAUAUUCAAGUUUAUGGCUUUGACUAUGACUACACAUUGGCACAUUACUCAAAAAAUUUACAGAGCUUAAUCUACGAUCUUGCGAAAGAGCAUAUGGUUAAUGAGUUACGGUAUCCUGAGAUUUGCAUGGAAUUUAAGUAUGAUCCAACUUUUCCCAUCAGAGGAUUGUACUAUGAUAAGCUAAAAGGAUGUCUUCUGAAGUUAGACUUCUUUGGGUCAAUUGAGCCAGAUGGAUGCUACUUUGGUCGUCACAAGCUUACCAGAAAGGAAAUAGAGGAAAUUUACGGAACUCGGCAUAUCGGUCGUGACCAAGCACGAGGUCUUGUUGGUUUAAUGGACUUCUUUUGCUUUAGCGAGGCAUGCCUUAUUGCGGAUAUUGUGCAAUAUUUUGUCAAUGCUAAACUGGAAUUUGAUGCUAGCUACAUCUAUCAAGAUGUAAAUCGUGCAAUUCAGUAUGUUCACCAAAGUGGAUUGAUGCAUAGAGGAAUUCUUUCCGACCCAUGUAGAUAUCUUGUAAAAAAUGGUCAGCUAUUACAUUUUCUGAAGAUGCUAAGGGAAAAGGGGAAAAAACUUUUCUUGCUCACCAACUCUCCAUAUUACUUUGUGGAUGGUGGAAUGCGGUUUCUGUUAGAGGAUUCUGUGGGUGACAGAGACUCGUGGAGAGAACUUUUUGAUGUCGUGAUAGCCCAAGCAAACAAGCCAGAUUUCUACACAUCUGAGCACCCUUUCCGUUGUUAUGACCCAGAGAAGGACACAUUAGCUUUUUCAAAGGUGGAUAGAUUUCUUCCUAAUAAAAUCUAUUACCAAGGAUGCCUUAAGUCCUUUCUUGAAAUCACCAAGUGGAAUGGCCCAGAGGUGAUUUACUUUGGAGAUCACCUAUUUAGCGACCUUAGAGGACCUUCAAAAGCUGGUUGGCGCACUGCUGCAAUCAUCCAUGAACUAGAGAGUGAAAUUCGUACACAAAAUGAAGAUGCUUACCGAUUUGAACAGGCAAAGUUUCACAUAAUACAAGAACUCCUCGGUAAAUUGCAUUCAACUGUUGCUAGUAAUCAUCAGAGUAAAGCUUAUAAAUUGCUGUUGGAGGAGCUAAAUGUGGAGCGAGUGAAGGCACGUCAAAUGAUGAAGAAAAUGUUUAAUAGAUCCUUUGGAGCCACAUUCCUCACAGACACAGGUCAAGAAUCUGCUUUUGCCUAUCAUAUACAUCAAUAUGCAGAUGUUUAUACCAGUAAACCAGAGAAUUUUUUGCUCUACCCUUCUGAUGCAUGGCUACAUGUACCCUUCGACAUCAAGAUUAUGCCACACCAUCUUAAGGUCCCAUCAAGCUUGUUCAGAAGUUGUUGAAUAUAAUUCUUUUGGAGAAAGGCUGAGCCAACUAAACAGGGUUGGUACUAGCCUCUGGUUUUGGCAGAGGUCAGCUCUUAUGUUUCUUAUUGCAUAAUUUUUAUCUGGUAUUUAACUACUUAUGCAAUUAAUAUACUAGACCAGGUCCUAAGUUUUCCACGCUAAAUAUGCUAUCAAGGAAUUAGGUGAGUAAAUAGUUUGAGCUUAAGGUGUGCACUUUUUGGUAGUUGAUAGUGUUUUCUUAGACAUUUUUUUUGCAGCUACACUCCGAAAAUACGGCGUAAAAGUGUAGUUAACCACUACUUUAAACUUCAAACAGCAGGCACAUUUUUAUUU